UUGCAGGUAUUGGGGCUGCUGGUGUGGACCCUGAUUGCUGGAACAGAAUACUUUCUAUAUCCCGCCUUCGGCUGGGUGAUGUUUGUAGCUGUGUUUUACUGGGUUCUCACCGUCUUCUUUCUCAUCAUCUACAUGACAAUGACCUACACCAGGAUCCCGCAGGUGCCAUGGACCACAGUGGGUCUGUGUUUUAAUGGAAGUGCCUUCAUUUUGUACCUCAUUGCUGCCAUUGUAGAUGCAUCUUCAGUUACCAAAGAACUGGACAGUCACAAUUACAACAGCUGGGCAGCUUCUUCAUUCUUUGCCUUCGUGGUUACCUCCUGCUACGCUGGAAAUACAUAUUUUAGCUUUAUAUCUUGGCGGUCACGAACUUUGCAGUAAAUAUUUUGUUAAAAUGAAUUCUGUAGUAUAAAACAUCUUGAGGAUUAUACAUUUUUGACAAAAGCUUGGAAGAGGGAUGAGGUCUUUUUGAACAUUUCUGUUAGAAUUGACACAGCAUAUUUUAAGCUGAGAUUAAAAUUAUUAUUUAUAAUACAAUAUCAUCUCUAGAGACCUCUUAACAGUGACUUUGUACUGUAAAAUAAAAUUUCAUACUGUUUCUUUUAAAAUUAACAUGGUAUUUUUCUAGACAUUGUAUAGAUGUUUAAAGCUUUAAUAAACCUUACUUAGACAAUGUGCCAAUUUUGUAAAUGUAACUUUUAAAAUGUUACAGGUAUGCUUUUGAUACUGAAUGCUACAAAUCAAAAUUAAGAUUGAUACUGUCUCAUCAUUAUGUAUAAAAAGUGACAUUGUGCAGGAAAAAAGCACCCAAAACUUAAAAAUUAAAUAAAUAAUUGACCCAACUGU